AUGUCGCAAGUCAUAGGAAAGACGCGUCUGGCCUACGCCCGCUCAUGGCACCAUCUCGACAUCGGCUCCGACCCACGCGCGCUCGGCCGCGUCGCCUCCGCUAUAGCCCUGACCCUCAUGGGAAAACACAAGCCCAUCUUCGACCCUUCGACUGAUUGCGGCGACUACGUUGUAGCCACAAACUGCUCACAAUUGCACACCACCGGCAAGAAGCGCUUCCAGAAACUCUACCGCACACACACGACUCGUCCGGGCUCCCUCAAAGAACUCUCCAUGGACAGGAUGAUCGCCAAGUGGGGAGGAGGAGAGGUUUUGAGGAAGGCGGUCAGCGGCAUGUUGCCCAAGAACAGGUUACGGAAGGACAGGCUGGCGAGGUUGAAGACGUUCGAGGGGAGAGCGCACCCUUACAAGGAGAAUAUUCUAAAGGUGGGAAACGGCGGUGGACAGAGUAUAGUGGAGCACGAUGAGGUCAAGAAGACGUUUGCAGAGGUCAAGGCACAGAAUGCGGAGGCACCAGUAUCAUGA